CUCUCUACUCACCUCUUACUUGCCCUUACCUCAAAGCCGGCCUCCUGAGAGUGGGCUAGAAAGCUGGGUUAGUUUUCAUCUCUCUCCAGGCAACCAAAGGUCUCCAAUUAAUUAUUUACUGCUGAGGUGAAAGGAGAUGACUGGUACUGGUAUGGGAACUGAGUAAAAGCAGGUUUUCAUAGAACAUGAUGAAUUAAUGCUGAAAAUCACAAGUGAAAAAUACCGAAAAGCUGUGUGAAGUAAGAAUAAGUUUUGUUCAAACUUAAGAUGAGUAGAAAUGCUUACACACUGAUUUUUAUUCCAGGAAAGAGUUCUUUAUUCCUGGAAGCGGUUCCAUAAAACAAGAACAUCUCCUGUGGUUAUGAUAACCCAAAGGCUGCAGCGCUCUGUCAACCACAGCACAGAACCUUUACAGAUGCACAGACUGUCUGCAGAGAUUCUCUGCCUCAUUUGGAGGAGACCCAAGAUAAAGGCAUAGAGCCAACAGACUCCCAUAACAGUUCAUCAGAUGUUCAAGGAGAGCAUAGAAAAAUAUGGAUCCCUUGAUGCUUUGGCCAGCAAAAAGAAUGGAAAGUGGGAGAAGAUAACUUUUUCAGAGUAUUAUUGCCUCUCCAGGAAAGCAGCCAAGAGCUUCUUGAAGCUUGGUCUUGAACGAUUCCACAGCGUAGCAAUCCUUGGAUUUAAUUCUCCAGAAUGGUUUAUCUCAGCUGUUGGAGCUGUUUUUGCUGGAGGAAUCGUCACAGGAAUAUAUACAACCAAUUCUCCAGAGGCCUGCCACUACAUUGCUCAUGACAGCAAAACCAAUAUCAUGGUUGUGGAAAAUUGGAAACAAUUAGACAAGAUAAUGCAGAUCUGGAGUCGGUUGCCACACUUGAAAGCUGUUGUACUGUAUAAGGACUCCAUUCCAGAGAGGCAUCCAAAUUUGUAUACGAUGGAAGAGUUUCUGGAGUUGGGAGAUGACAUAUCUGAUACUACUCUGGAUGACGUUAUUAACUCCCAAAAGCCGAAUCAGUGCUGUGUAUUAAUAUACACAUCCGGAACAACUGGGAAGCCAAAAGGAGCCAUGCUGAGUCAUGACAAUAUAACUUGGACAUCAGCACAUUGCAGCAGAGCAGGAGAUAUGCAACCUGCAGAGGUCCAACAGGAGACUAUAGUGAGUUAUCUUCCCCUCAGCCACAUAGCUGCACAGAUAUAUGACCUGUGGACUGGAAUCAAAUGGGGAGAGCAAGUCUACUUUGCUGAGCCAGAUGCUCUGAAGGGCAGCUUGAUCAACACACUAAAAGAAGUGCAGCCAACAUCCCACAUGGGAGUUCCCCGAGUAUGGGAGAAAAUUAUGGAGAAAUUAAAGGAUGCUUUUUCUCAGUCAGGAUUUAUGAAGAAGAAAAUCCUGUCGUGGGCUAUGUCGCUUAGCUUAGAGAGAAACCUAAACUGCUCAAGCAGCAGUGAAUUAAAGCAGUUCUGGACAAGGUUAGCAGACUACUUAGUGCUUGCAAAAAUACGCAAUGCACUGGGUUUUUCUUCUUGUCAGAAGCACUUCUCUGGUGCUGCUCCUCUCAAUACAGAAACACUGUAUUUCUUCCUGGGUCUGAACAUCACCUUGUAUGAGGCCUAUGGGAUGAGUGAGACCACAGGCCCACAUUGCCUGUCUGGGCCCUAUAUUUACAGGCAGCACAGCUGUGGUAAACCAGUGCCUGGCUGUAGAGUGAAAUUGGUGGACGAAGAUUCAGAAGGCAAUGGAGAAAUCUGUUUCUGGGGAAGGACUGUUUUCAUGGGUUAUUUAAAUAUGGAAGACAAAACAAAAGAGGCCUUUGAUGAGGUUGGGUGGCUGCAUUCUGGAGAUUUAGGAAAACUAGACAAGGAUGGCUUUCUCUAUGUCACUGGAAGAAUUAAAGAUUUGAUUAUUACAGCUGGAGGUGAAAAUGUGCCUCCAAUUCCAAUUGAAGAUGCUGUUAAAAAAGAACUUCCAAUUGUUAGUAAUGCUAUGGUGAUUGGAGAUAAAAAGAAGUUUUUGUCAAUGUUGCUUACCCUAAAGAGCAUGCUGGACCCAGAUACGUCUGAUCCCACUGACAUUCUCACUGAGCAAGCUAGAGACUUCUGCCAGAAGGCUGGUAGUAAAGCCACUAAAGUAUCAGAGAUUGUAGCUACAAGAGACCAGGCGAUCUACCAGGCCAUUCAGGAGGGAAUCAACAAAGUCAACAGGAACGCUGCUAAUAGGGUUCACUGUAUUCAAAAAUGGAUAGUCCUGCCAAGAGAUUUUUCCAUUUCUGGGGGAGAACUAGGUCCGACAAUGAAGCUAAAACGACUCACUGUACUUGAGAAAUACAGAAAUGAAGUAAACUCCUUCUAUGAAGAAUAAGAAGUCUUUCAUCCAAGCAUGAAGGAAGAUCUGUGACCUAAAGAAAGUAUUUCCUAAUCAAAAGCAUUAACGAAGAUUAUGCUUGUUUUGGUUUUGUAGUCUAUUGAACUGAACCACUAGAAAACUGCUGUGUCAAUUUAGUUGUUCCUGAUACUCACCUGAUAGUGUGUCCUCUUUUUACAGAAGCAUCUACAGAGUAUCUGUUUUCUAAUACUGUUUUUACUUUAUGCCCUAAAUG